AUGGAGAUAAAAGAAAUGAAGGCCAAAUUGGAAGCAAUGAGCUGUAACUCAGACAGUAAAGAUUCAGCAUCAGAGAAGAAAAUCGUUGAAUUGAACAGUCAGUUACAAGAAAAAAUGGAUGAAAUGGAUUUUAUGGAGUCGUCCAAUCAAAUUCUAGUUAUCAAGGAACGUAAAAGCAAUGAUCAGCUGCAGGAGAUACGGAAGGAGCUAAUAAAUGGUUUGCUUGAGCACGGUGGUCCCCGAGCACAUAUAGGCAUCAAGAGGAUGGGUGAGCUUGAUCCAAAAGCAUUUUCAAAUGCUUGCAAGCAAAUAUUUCCUGGGGACAAUGCCAAAGUAAAUGCUGCUCUACUCUGUUCAAAGUGGGAAGCUGAAAUAAAAAAACCAGAAUGGCACCCUUUGGAUGUUGUCAGAAUUGGAGGAAAAGAGAUGGUGACAACGGCUCUGCUUGAAAUCAAUGAGGAUAACCCUAGCGGCCGAUAUCCUGUAGCUGAGAUGUGGAAUUUCAAGGAAGGGCAGAAAGCAGCACUGAAGGAGGUUGUCCAAUUUGUCCUGAAACAGUGGAAGACCCACAAGAGGAAACAUUAA